AUGGCUGCAAACAAAUCUUCAAAGGAUCUUCCCAUGGAGGAUAUUCGUCCUGGAAGUCAGCGAACACUUACCACCUCGGACAAUGAGAGUGGUACUGUCAAGGUACAAGAUGAAGAAAAAGCUGCCAAGGAACAAGACAUCGUUCAGCCACACGAUCCCAACGCUGUUGGUUGGGAUGGACCCGACGAUCCCAACGAUCCCAUGAACUGGCCCGCCAAGAAGAAGUGGUCUUGCAUUGGAGCUUUGUCCCUCAUGUCUCUUCUAACACCACUCGGUUCCUCCAUGUUCGCACCCGGUGUCCCAGACAUUAUGCGCGAGUUCGAAACCUCCAACCGCAACGUCGCCACCUUUGUCGUCUCCGUCUACGUCCUCGGUUUCGCCUUCGGUCCCUUGGUCGCCGCACCGCUCAGCGAAAUCUACGGUCGAGCCAUCAUCUUCAAUAUAUCCAAUGUCCUCUUCCUCAUCAUGACCAUCGUCACAGCCCUGAGCCAGAACAUGCCCAUGCUUAUCAUCUUUCGCUUCCUGAUGGGCUUCUGUGGUUCCGCGCCCAUCACCAAUGGUAGUGGAACCAUCUCUGAUAUCUUUCCUGUACAGGAGCGAGGUAAAGCCAUGGCUGUCUGGGCUAUGGGACCUUUACUUGGGCCGUGUAUUGGACCUCUUGCUGGUGGAUACAUGGUUGAGGCUAUUGGCUGGCGAUGGGUGUUUUGGCUGAUUGCCAUUCUUGCUGGCGUCCUUGGCUUCAUUUCUUACUUCUUUGCACCAGAGACAUAUGCAACCAUCCUCCUCCGCAAAAAGGCAAACAAGCUCAGGAAGGAGACUGGUAACCAAGACUUAUACUCUGUUCUCGACACCGUCGGUGUCACAGCCAAGCAACGCUUCCGCGGCGCCAUCAUCCGGCCCAUGAAGCUACUCCUCACUCACCCCCCUGUUUUCAUCCUCUCCCUCUAUGUCGCCGUCGUCUAUGGUGUUUUGUAUCUCAUGUUUAGCACCUUCACUUUUGUAUUCGCCAAGCAGUACGGCUUCGGCACCGGAACAGUUGGUCUAGCCUACCUCCCUACCGGUAUCGGCAUGCUGUUUGGAACAAUGGUCUUUGGAGUCUUGACAGAUGUUGUCGUCAAGAAGAAGAUUGCCCAGAACGGCAAGACAGUGCCUGAGGAUCGACUGCCGAUCUGGAUGACGGUGCCUACUGGUUUACUCAUUGUUGCGUCGCUGUUUUGGUAUGGUUGGUCAACCCAGGAGCACACUCAUUGGAUCGUUCCCAUGAUUGGCGUUUCGCUGUUCUGCUUUGGUCUUAUGGGUAUUAUGAUGUGUCUACAAACAUACCUCGUCGACGCCUACAUCUCAUACGCAGCUUCAGUCGUCGCAGCACAGACUGUCUUUCGAUGUCUCGCUGGUGCUUUGCUUCCUCUUGCUGGUUUGUCCAUGUAUGAUGAAGUUGGUCUCGGCUGGGGGAACAGUAUACUGGCGUUCUUGGCGCUGGUGCUUGUACCGGUGCCGGCUAUCUUUCACUUGUACGGGCCCAAGAUCCGAGCCAAGGUUCCCAAAAACCUUGAGUAG